AUGAUUCCACUGCUUGCUGUGCGAAGAAGUUUUGAUUUAGGCGAUCCUGAAUACUUGGGAUGGAGAAUGAGAUGCGAACGAGACUACUCGAGUAGACUCGGAAAAUUAGAACGCGAGUUACCAUUAUUUAAACCAAAGAAGAAUAAUCAACUUGAUGAUAUUGGAAGAAUGAUGUGGGCACAGAGAUGUGAAGCAGAAAUAAGAAGACUUCAAAAAGAAGGCAAAUGGCUCCAAUUAAGUAAACCAAAGAAGAAUGAUCAACUUGAUGAUAUUGGAAGAAUGAUGUGCGAACAGAGAUGGGAAGAAGAACGAAGAAGACUUAUAAAAGAAGGAAAAUGGCAUCCAAUAUGGUUCCCACUAUUUUCACACUCUAAAACAAGCCCCAAAUCCACUCCAAAUUAUGAUUAUGAUUUCAGCAAACAGAUGGACCGAAUUGCACGAAGAAUGAGAUUAUUAAGAAUGAGAAAUGAUCUUAUUAAACAAGGUAAACCAAUUCCUGCCUAUCUUAGGUUUAUCUAA